AUGGUGCUGAACAGUUUUUGUUUUCCUCAGCAGCUUUGUUUUUCUCGUCAUGUGAACACAAAGUCAAUGCACAGCUUCUGUUAUGUUGUGGUGAGCAGUAAAAAGAUACUAUUUUAUAAUGAUGAAAAGGACAAGGACCAGUCUAAUCCAUCCAUGGUACUAGACAUAGAUAAACUGUUCCAUGUCCGGCCUGUAACUCAAGGAGAUGUAUAUGGAGCAGAAACUGAAGAAAUUCCCAAGAUAUUCCAGAUUCUCUAUGCUAAUGAGGGGGAAUGCAGGAAGGAUUUGGAAGUGGAAUCAGUACAACCAGCAGAGAAGACAAAUUUUCUAAAUCACAAAGGCCAUGAGUUUAUUCCAACGUUAUACCACUUUCCAGCCAACUGCGAGGCCUGUGCCAAGCCUCUUUGGCAUAUGUUCAAGCCCCCUCCUGCCCUGGAGUGUCGAAGGUGCCAUUUUCAAACUACUUUGUUUGCAGUUAACGUUAAAUGGGGAAAAGAGAAAUUUGAUGGCGUGGAGCUUAACACUGACGAACCUCCGAUGGUCUUCAAAGCACAGUUGUUUGCACUGACUGGAGUUCAGCCCGCUAGACAGAAGGUUAUGCUUAAAGGAGGAACUCUGAAGGAUGAUGACUGGGGGAACAUAAAAAUAAAGAAUGGGAUGACUUUAUUAAUGAUGGGUUCUGCAGAUGCACUUCCAGAAGAGCCAGUUUCCCGACCUGUCUUUGUAGAAGACAUGACAGAGGAGCAAUUGGCUUCAGCUAUGGAAUUGCCAUGUGGAUUGACAAACCUUGGCAACACUUGCUACAUGAAUGCUACGGUUCAGUGUAUCCGCUCUGUGCCAGAAGUGAAAGAGGCCCUUAAAAGGUAUGGUGGUGCCUUAAGAGCUUCAGGAGAAAUGGCCUCUGCUCAGUACAUUACUGCAGCUCUUAGAGACUUGUUUGAUUCCAUGGAUAAAACUUCCUCCAGUAUCCCACCUAUCAUUCUCCUGCAGUUUUUACAUAUGGCCUUCCCCCAGUUUGCAGAGAAAGGAGAUCAAGGCCAGUACCUUCAACAGGAUGCCAAUGAGUGCUGGGUGCAGAUGAUGAGGGUACUACAGCAGAAGCUGGAAGGUAUAGAAGGUGAUACAGUUAUGGAGACAGACUCUGGAGCUACAGCAGCAGCUUCUAAGAAGAAGAGCUUGAUUGAUCAGUUCUUCAGCAUUGAAUUUGAAACAGCCAUGAAAUGUACAGAAGCUGAAGAGGAGGAGGUAACUAAAGGAAAGGAGAAUCAGCUACAGCUUAGUUGUUUUAUCAAUCAAGAAGUGAAGUAUCUGUUUACAGGACUAAAAUUGCGUCUUCAAGAGGAGAUCACCAAACUGUCUCCAACCUUGCAGAGAAAUGCACUCUAUAUCAAAUCUUCUAAGAUUAGUCGCUUGCCGGCGUAUCUGACUAUUCAGAUGGUUAGAUUUUUUUACAAAGAGAAAGAAUCUGUGAAUGCCAAAGUUCUUAAGGAUGUUAAAUUUCCUCUUAUGUUGGAUGUGUACGAGUUGUGUACACCCGAACUUCAGGAAAAAAUGGUUUCUUAUCGAUCAAAAUUCAAGGACCUAGAAGACAAAAAAGUAAAUCAGCAACCAAAGAAUUCUAGUAAAGGUGACGGUGCACAGAAAGAAGUUAAAUAUGAACCAUUUUCUUUCCCCGAUGAUACUGGUUCUAAUAAUUGCGGCUAUUACGACCUGCAGGCAGUUUUAACGCAUCAAGGCAGAUCCAGUUCCUCGGGACAUUAUGUGUCAUGGGUUAAAAGGAAACAAGAUGAAUGGAUCAAGUUUGAUGACGACAAGGUCAGCAUUGUGACACCUGAGGACAUUCUGCGGCUCUCCGGGGGCGGCGACUGGCACAUAGCCUACGUGCUGCUCUACGGGCCUCGCCGCAUCGAGGUGCCGGAGGAGGACGCCGAGCAGUAGUCUUCAGUUCUAAUCAUUCUGCCUAGGUGUGAAAUAAAUGUUGAUUACUGAUCUCUAACCCCAGAGCUUUAGCAAGGGGGUACAUAAUUGGUUCAGACUUUUUCAUGUGAAGAGAGGGUUUAUUGUUUAAAAAAUGAUCCAUGUACCAGUUAGUCACUGCUGGACUGGACUGCCCCCGGUGGCAGUGACAAUACUUAAAACAGCUUUAAUGUCUCGCAGAAGAUAAUUUUUUUUAAAUGAGCCUCCUUUGCGGCCAAUGUCAUCAAGUAUUUAUUGCUCACUUCCUCUCACAGCUGUUACUCUGCAUGGUUUAUCCCA